CCCCCGCCGCCCCUGCGCGGGGAGAGGAGGCACUACCUGCCGCUCUGGAACAACGAGGACCCCUACGGGGACAUCUGGGUGGCCGAGCAGCCGCCGGCGCGGGUGGACGUCGACGUCUCUAAGCUGAUUUCCCUUGGUCAGCUGGAAACGACCUGGAGAAGCAGAAUUAAUUUCCGCCCGCUGCUGGUCAGAGUCCUGCACAAGUCUAGGCUAAGGUUUUACGGGAAACCAGAGAAGAAAAUGGAUAUGCCAUAUCAGGCUUACUUUGAAGUUGCUGAUGGUUCAGGCAUGAUGUCCAUGGUUCUGUGGAAUUCCUUAUGUCCCGAAUGGUAUAACAGUAUAAAUGUUGGCACGGUGCUCCUCCUUGAACAGUAUGCCGUCAAAGACAGUUACCCAUUUAAAACACAGCCAACCCCAAGAGAUUCACAGAUGAAGAGAUUUGCUACAAUUGAAAUCAGCCUGAACGUGCGAAACCCACCCACCAAGAUAAGCAUAAUUUCAGAAGAAAUGGUUAAGCCAGAGUGGGGAUUGCCUGAAGUCAAAUACCAGUUUGUUACGAGGUCGGAGCUGACUGACUUACCCAACAAUCACUCCUGCGAUGUUAUUGGCCUCGUGACCUUUGUAGGAAGGGUGGAACGAACGAGAAAGAAAGAAGAUGGCGAAGACUUCUGGCUCUAUCGUUGGGCACAUGCCAUCGAUGGGACCUCAGACCAACCGUUCAUACUGGAAAUAUUUGCAACUUCUCAGCCAGAUGUAUUUGAGCGUAUUCACCCAAUGACAUACCUGGUGUGUACGCAGAUGAGAGUGGUUCGGGAUCUCUCUGAGAAUCCUUCCCACACCAUUUACCUUACAACGUCAAAUGAAAGUCAGAUAUUCAUCACAGGGUGGCACAAGGGCCAGCCAUACACCAAGGAUACUAAAGUGAAAAACUUCAUUCAGUGGACUAGAACACAGAGUGAAGCUAAUCAAAUGAGGAAAACUGUCAUUGGUGGCUAUUACCCUUUUCCACGACCUCCAAAUACAUUUCUGAAGUAUUGUAAAAAUAUUAAAGUUGAAUCAGUUUUGAAAGCCAUAGGCGAACUGGGAGAAGAGAUUGAAGGUCUGCAUUACAGGGAGCACAAGCGCAUUGCUAUUCAAGGAAUAAUCAGUGCCAUAAGAUACAUCAGCUGUAGCAGUGCAGCUGAAGAUGCCUCAGGAGUGGAACACGUUCAGAAAGAUGCACAGUCUCUUGAAAGUUCUCCUAUGCCAAAACAAGAUGACGUUCACAAGGGAAAAACAAGAAACCUUCAAACUGAAGAACUCAGGUCUUCUCUGGAACCAAGUUGCUCUCCUGGGGAACAGCAUCAGCAUCAAACUCUGCAGUCAAAAAAGAGCACGGCCAAGAGAAGGAAUCUGCAGAAAUCGUGUGCAGACACAGAACAGGGAACUGCAUCUGUUACUUCUGUAUCCUCUUAUCCCUAUUACACACGCUCUGCAAGAAAGAAGCUUAGCUUGAAUGAAUUUCAGCAUGAAGAUUCUGUACAAGAGCAGGCUUCAUCCGACAAUUCACAGUACUGCACAGACCAAGAAGGAAUAAAUGAUGCACCUGAAACUGAAGAGAUGGCAAGGACUUGCAGUUCAUGGCAGAGUGACCUGUGGGCACAAGUGAAAGACAAGUUGAUGAAAUAUUUGCAUCACAGCACGAUUUUCCCAGAAAGCAUCCCACGUAAAUUCGAUUACGUGUACAAAGACUUACUUAUGCAACAGUACAACCUUCAUGCAGCAGUGCACCAGCCAAAAGAAACCAGAACAGAUAAAAAUAUCAGUGAAUUUGAAAGCGCUGGUGGCCUUGGAUAUUAUGAAGUGACAGUUCUGGGUAUAAACCAUGAUGUUGCAAUAGAUGUUGCCUUUCUCCCACUGUUUGGUCAUGAAGACCCCCACUUAUUUCCAGUAGGGGAAGCUGAAACUGAUACGUUAUUGUCUUGCAUGAGUUGCGUCUCUUCUUGUCAGCAGGACGCCGCCAGCGAUGGAACGUUUUGUGACACGUUCCCACUUUCAAAUGAAAUUGUGAAAGCAGCGACGGACCUCGAUGGCAAACAUGUUGUGUGUAUCUUGGACGUCUGUCACUUGGGUGAUGACAAGGUGGAAGUCUUUCUGAGCAAAAUCUACAAGACAGUGGAAGCUGGCGUGCCAGAUCCAGUGUAAUUUAAUAAUUUAUUUUUCAAAAUUAGAUACUGUUGAAAAGGAGGGGAAUAAAAUUACUGUAAUUUGAAUACACACUGCACUUUUCUAGAACUACAGACAAAAAAAUACCAUUCUUACAAUAGAGCAAUUGCAACGGUCAUCCACAUAAAUGAGGACAGUUGUUGCCUUUAUUUGUGACAGUCAUGGAUCAAAUUAUUGCACAAUGCCUUGGUCACUUAUGUUCAGGAAAGAUGAACAGGCAAUACAGUGAGCUUAUCUUUUGAUAGGAGACUGAGGAACAUGAGUGUAAUCUCUCUUCCUCUGCCUAUGUACGCAGAUACGUAGGAAAUGUAUGUAGUGGGGUGAGAACUGAGAAGAGAGGCAGGCUUUCCUGAUACUAAAGGCAGUGUUUGCAAUAGAAUUAACUGGCCACAGUAGAAAUGUAGGCUGGAAAUUUAAAUCAUCCUGAGGAUAAGAGCUAUUACGUCCUGAAGUGAUCCUUCAGUGGGAGGUAACAGAGGCUGCCUGAGCGCUCUGCAGGCUUGCACCUGGUUGUUUGUGGAAGGGGCCGCAGUGCCUGUGGUACUGGGGGCUGGACUCAGUGAUCCAAGAAGAUAUUUUCAGUUCUUUUUUACCUGAGCAAAGUCACCCUUAUUUCUGUAUGUCUGCUUUUGUAUGUACGAUGUUGGGUAGUGACUAUAGCACCCAAAAGAUUUUAAUGUAUUUUAUUUAUUAAUUUAAAAAAUGAAAGAUUAAACUUUGAUAGUGAAGCUUGCCUCUAGCUUUUCAAGAGAAAAACUUUUUAAGAAUUACGAAGCAUGGCAGGAUACAGUUUGUCACACCAUUACUUUUUUUUCCUGUUCGCCACUGGUACUACCAUUUUUCUUUUUGGUAAUAGCUGAAUGAGAGAACUCAGCAGCUGCAAGAAGCUGCAGCUUCCAGAUGCCCAAGCGCCCUAAGAUCCUGUCAGCUCUUUGGCUCUAUGCUAAGUAGCAGCUGCUGGCUCCUGCUCAGCUCGGAGCCAAGUCCCCCCUUCUUCCUCACUUAUACAACUCUAUGAAAUUAUUCUGAAGUAGGAGCUGUGACACGUUGCUAGCUGACAGCUUGUCCAUGUGAAAUGCUGGUCUCAGUUCAGUUGUAUGAGAAGAAAUGAUUUGUUGAAGCAGAUUUGUUCUAAUGGAAAACUUUCCAGGUGUGUUUUAGCAGCCCAGAGCUUGGUAACUGAGAAGCAUCUCUUUCAACUACUAGUUGACUCAUUUGCUGUGGGGACAGUGGAUUUUGUCUUCAGGUCCUUCAGCUCUCUACCCUAACUUCAGUUAACGGUAAUUGAAGAAGAAGCUUAACUGUCUGUAUUACAGUAGAGUUUCAUAGGCAACUUCAUAUAAAAAGUAAAUGCCUUGAUAAUAAUAAUUUAAAAAAAAGUAUUCUGGUCUCUACGAUGGUUUACAAUUUAAAAAUGUAUUAAAGAGAAAAGUUUAACUUAAAUUGCACAGAGACUGAAAGUUAAUUAAAUGUGUAUUGUAUGCUUAUAUUUUAUAUAGAUCAUAGAGUAUUAGUUCUAGAGCAAUGUUUGCCAAAUGAAGUCUUUCAGAGUACCUCAGAAGGCAAAACAAGCGCAUAACCACCCCGGAAGAGCUGGGUGUUGCUUGUAAUUACAUGUGUGAUUUUGAUGUUCAUGGCUAUGUGAAGAUAAGAGACCAUUGCUCUAGAAUGACGAAAAUUAGCACCAGCACUUGUGUUCCAAACUGAGCCCUGCUGACUGUGUCAGUAUUUUUUAUUGAUGUAUACUUCAGGUCGAAGUCUAAUUUUAAUAAAGCCAUUAUUUCUAGGAACAAUUUUUGAAAAUGAUUGUCUUUGUGUAAAAGGACUGAUGUGGCAAGCAGCGUCACUUCAUUCGGUCGCUCGAGGCACUUAGUCCAUCCCAUGCGAUAGUUGUCGAGCGAACGCUGUUUGCUGCAUUGCACUGCUUUUGCUACACUUUAAACGGAUAGCAUUAAUCAUCUGAUCCUCCACGUUAGGAGGUUUCCUAACUCUAAAAGAAGUGUCAUAAUGCUGUUGAGUAUGUGCAACACACACUUGAGACUUUUUAAGUGUAUAACUUUAUUUUACUGAAGACACAGAUGAAAUUUUUCAUGGCGAAAACAGAGCAGAUAGGUGAACUCCUUCCUGGAGAGCAGGGUGCCAACGUUAGAAAUGUAUGCUCUCUUUGGAUAGGGAGACAAUACUCGAUGCCUGUCGUGGACUUUGAAUGUGAGUACUCCAGGUAAUUCUUUAGAGGAACCUACCCCAUCCCCAGAAAUUACACUGAGCUUCAUGGGCAGCCUCCAGGUGGUGGAGCAGCGCGGUGUGAAGGUGUGGUUCCACCAGUCUGCCUGUCUCCGUUCUCCCUGGCGGAACAGCACUGCAGUACUGGAGGUGGGGGGGGUCCUCUCUGCAAAGAAACUGCUCACUGUUUUAUUUCACGUGGAGUUUAUUGACUGAGUUAUAAAACCAGAGUGUUUUUGAUCCUGAGUCUGUCAAAACACGUUAAUUUUGCUGUGUGAAACCAAGAAACGGUGUCUUCACUCCUGCAAAGUACUUCAUAGGAAUCCCCUUUCUUGCUGCUGUAUAUUGCCACUGCUGACAGGAAUAUAUUGCCAGGUUACGUCCUGUAACUGUAUAAUUCAUAUUCAGCCAAAGACCUGUACUCUAAAACCUUACAUUUCCAUAUGUCUUAUGUUUCCAGCAUUAAUUUCAGAAUAGACCAGAUGAAGAUAAACAGAGUGUAUAGCUAAUGGUACUUUCAAGUGUGUAAACCUAAGUCAUGUAUCUUAGAGGACAGUUCUAUGUGUUAUAGCAAUAGUGUAACACUGAAUACUGCAGAAUAUAAAUAAAAUAAUAUCCAUCAAUA